GGCAACGUGAGGUCAGGCCCUGCAAUGUAAGUUGAGCAGGUCAGUGUGUUUACGAAACUUUUAACCUUGGAUCCGUGCAGGUUGAGCACCAGCGGUAUGUGAACCGAUAACCCAGAUCCCGAUGUCCAUAACACGAAGAUUUAGCCCGGAUCCAAUCUUGUAAGGAUCGUGCAGACUUUAUCCCGGAUCACGAUGCAGAGCUGCAGAUAUAGCCCGGCGAGCACGGAGUAGGUUUGGCCCGAAUUUUUCUCGGGUGCACGGCCUGCAACUUGAGCAAGGCUACGACUCGGCCGAAGCCGGAGCCCUAGCGGCCGCUCCACUUGGGCACUAAAACUGCGCCUCCCCUCCCCGCCCAUGCACUGGAGCCGGUACCCCGACGGAGAAGGAAGUGACUGGGAUUAAACACGGCGGCACGAAGCGGCGAAUGACCUCCGGUACAGCGGGGACCGUUGUCCUGUGGGUGGGAGACCUUACAGAGCACAGUGCAGAGCACAGAGAACGGGAAAGGAUUCAUAUUUCGGGGAGAUACUGAGGGCUCGCCACUGACGUGUCUUUCUGCCAAAAUACGGGAAAUCAUCACCAGAAAUUUCAUGGAGGAGCAGGCAUCAGCUUCACCCCAGGAGAUGUCUUCUCUGCUGCCUCUUCAAGAAGAGAAUAGUAUCCUGCAGCAGGAGCUGUCUCGUGUCGAGGACCUGCUGGCUCAGAGUCGAGCUGAGCGGGAUGAGCUGGCAAUUAAAUACAACGCCAUCAGUGAGCGGCUGGAGCAGGCCUUGAGGCUGGAGACUGGUGAGAGGGAGCGUGAAUGUCUGGAAAACAAAAGCCUGGCACAGCAGAAUAUCGAGCUGCGUCGGCGACUGGACGAGGAACAGGCUUCAUAUAAACGCAAACUUCAGGCCUACCAGGAAGGUCAACAGCGACAGGCCCAACUCGUCCAGAAACUUCAGUCCAAGGUCCUUCAGUACAAGAAGAAGUGUGGUGAAGUGGAGCAGCAGCUGCUUGAGAAAGCCACAGAGCUGGAACAGCACCGCCUGUCGAGCCGAUUGGAUGUCACGGAAAUACGAAUGCAGCAGUCCGAAGAGGAGCAAAGCAACGAGCUGGAGAACGCCCUGAUCCGCCUGGAAGAGGAGCAGCAGAGAGGUGCCAGCCUCACCCAAGUGAACUCCAUGCUCCGAGAACAGUUGGACCAGGCCAACUCUGCCAACAUGGCCCUGAGUGAGGACAUCCGCAAACUGACCUCUGACUGGACAAAGGCCCGGGAGGAGCUUGAGCAGAAGGAGGUGGAGUGGAGACAUGAGGAGGAGUCCUUCAACAUGUACUUCAGUAACGAACACAACCGUCUGUUGACACUCUGGAGACAAGUCGUGGGUUUCAGACGCCACUUCUGUGAGAUAAAAUCAGCCAGUGAACGGGACCUCUCUGAGCUGCGGAAUGACCUGGCAAAGUCCUCACGCACAAUCCACGCGUCGUGCCUGAACCUGAGUGGCCACCUCCGCCUGUCGGAGAGCAGCUCGGCCGCCAUGCUGGAGAAACGGUCGGCACAGCUGGCACAGCUGGAGGAGCAGCUGCGGGACAAGGUGCGGGAGAUGAUCCAGCUGCAAGCCAAGUAUGACCGGGAGAAGGCUGAACAGAAUGCCAGGAUCACGGAGCUGAUGGUGACUGUUGAGCGACUGAAGAGCCAGAACAGUGAGAAGGAGAAGACCAUCAACAGCCUGAGCCAGACGGUGGAGAAUCUGGAGUCGAGUCAAGCUGAGGCACAAGAUGUUCACGACGGGGCUCAGUUUGAGUCUGUGAAAGCAGAGGUGGAAUCCUUGCAUCAAAUACUGAGAGACAUUACACAGGUCGUCAUUACUGAUGCUGACAGCGGGGCUCAGACCACGUCCGCGGAGCGGACCGGCGAGGUCACCGAGAUGGAUUCCUCCCUGUUCAGCCCCCUGGGGCUCUCGUCCAACCUGCGCACGCCGUCGCCGCGCCGACGGGCCUCUCCCCGCCGCAGCCACUCGCCAGGACACAGCCUGUCGCCGGUCUUCGCCGACUCCGUGUACUCGGUUGUCCAGGGCGCGGUGCAGAAGAGGCAGCUCCAGAUCCAGGAACUCCGUGCAAAGUACGAGGCAGCCCAGGACACGGUGGCCAGUCUGAAGAAGCACUUGGCCGACAGUGAGAAUGAGCGUCGGGCACUGGAGCAGCAGAUCCUCAAGCUCAAGGAAGAGACCGAGGACUCGGUGAGGGCCAAGGAUGAUGCCAAGCGCGAUGCCAAUCGUUUCCGCUCCUCUGCUGACCUACUGGGAAGUGAGAAGUCGAACUUAGAGAAGUCCCUUCAGUCCCUCCAGCAGCAGGUUGAGACGGUGCAGCAGGAGAAUGAGAAGCUGCAGCUGGCCAAUGGUGAACUGCAGAGGCAGCGGGACAACCUGGAGGACGAGAAGGAGGACAUCCUGAAGGACAAAGAGAGGGCACUGAAGGAAAUCGAGCGAGGCCACAAGAUGAUUGAGCAGCUGGAAGGAAAGAACUCAAGUGUGAAAAAGGAGCUGGUGCAGGUUAAGGAGGCAUUGAGGCAAGCUUCGCUGGACAAGGAGGUUCUGGAGAAUGAGAAGGUUGAAAUUAAAGAGGCACUCUCCAAGGUGCAGAACGCGAACGCGGAGAUGGAGCUGAUCCUGAGCAAGCUGAGGACGGAGCAAGCCUCUCUGCGGGAUUCUCUGUCCAAGAUGAGUGCCUUCAAUGAAGGGCUAGCCCAGGACAAAGUGCAGCUGAACAAAAUCAUCCUGGAGCUGGAGGAUGAGAAGACGAUGCUGCUGGCUCAGAAGAAAGAAGUUGAACAGGAAAAGACCUCGAUUCGGGAUGAGUUAGUCCACCUGGAACAGGAGAAGCUGGACCUGCACAACGAGCGCCACGGCCUGGAGCACACCCUGCAGAUUAUGGAGCAGAGCCGUGAGAAGCUGGAGCAGGACCUGAUGGCUUGUCAGCAGGAAAAGGGAGAAAUGCAGGAACAACUGGGACAGGUGACUCGACAGAAGAACAGUGUGAACGAGGAGCUGGUGCAGGCUCACCACGAGAUUGAGCGGCACAAUGAGGCGCUGCUUCGUGUGGCCAAAGAGAAGGAAGAACUGACCAGGGUGAAGGCGAGUCUUGAGGUCCAGCUCACGGCGUCAGAGCGUGAGAACAGGAUGCUGGCAGAUGAAGGAGCAGGUCUCAGGUCUGAGAAGGAGGCCCUGGAGACAACCCUGUUUGACACCCGGCAAUGGCUGACCAUGCUGGAGGCGCAGAAGGAACAGGUCGAAGGCGAGAAUCAGACACUACUCCUGGCUAAAGAGGCUCUGCAAGCUGAGAACAACCGUGUGCGGAAGGAGAUGGAGGUGGAGCUGACCAAGUGGGAACGAGACAAGGAGCUUCUCACUCAGAAACUCUCCCAAACCGAGCGCGAAGCCCAGGUUGCUCUGAAAAACGAACAGACAGCCCAUGAGGAGGAUGUGGAUCGGCUGCAGAGGGAGAAGGAAACCUUGCGUUUGGGGCUGGAGGAGGAACGAGAGGAGUUGGUCCACCAGCUGAAGCAGGAACGUGAGGAGCUCUGUGCUCGGUUUGAAGCUGAGAAGGAAGAACUCAGCGAAGAGAUCACCGCCCUGCAACAGGAGCGAGAUGAGACUCUGCUGCUGGCUGAAAAUGAGAAGCAGCAGGUCUUAUCCAUGAAGGAGUCGGAGAAGGCGAUUCUCUCGGAGAAGCUCACCAACACUCAGCGAGAACUUGCCAAUGUUUCAGUGGAUAUGGAGCAACUGAGGCGAGACACCAGCAACCGACAUGAACAGGACCGAAACCAAAUUAACAAUUUGACUUCGGAGUUGAAGAAUUUCCAUGCCCGGUUUGAAGAAACUGUCAAUACCCACGAGCAAGAAAUGAAGACCCAGAAUGAGCAGUUCAAGGACCUGAUGAGACAACGUGAAGCCACGCUCCGAGAGGUGGAGGAGCUAAAGACACAGCUUCAAGUGGCUGAAGACGCCCGCGACAGCAUCCGGCGUGACCUGAUCGAAGCUCACCGUAAGAUCCGAGAACAGCAGGAGACUCAGGAGGUCCAGCGCAAAGAAAUCCUGGACUUAAAGCGCUCAGUAACUGAUGAAGUGAAGGAGAAGGAGGCAGUUCAGCAAUCGAACGAGGAGCUCAGAUCCAACAUCAAGAAAACAGAGAGCGAAAGAAUAAGUUUGAAACGAGCCAACGAGGAGAAGGAACAGAAGCUCUCUGUUCUGGAAGAGGCAAAAGCAAACUGUGAGAAGGAAUCAGCAGAUCUUCGGGCAAGUCUCCGAGAAGUCGAGAAAUCCCGUCUGGAGGCACGGCGGGAGCUUCAAGACCUGCGUCGACAGGUGAAGACAUUGGACAGUGAAAACAUGAAGAAGAGCAAAGAGAUUGUGGAUCUCCAGACCCGAGUGACUCUGGAUGAACAGCGAGGGGAAGAGAACAGACGCGAGUCAUUUGAACUGAAACAGAAAAUUCUGCAAACUGAAGCCAGCAGAGAAUCCACUCGGAAAGAGCUGGCCAACCUUCAGCGGAAGAUGACGGAAGCAGAGCACAAGUUCUGCAUCCGAGAGAAGGACCUGUUGGGGAGCCUGGAAGAAGCUCAGGGAAACGGGAAGAAGCUGCUGGACAACGCGCGCAACCUCGAGCUGAAGCUGGAGAAAGCUCAGGUCGAAAUUCAUGAGCUCUGCCUGAAGCUGAGUGCUGCGGAGGGACGGGUAAACGGGUUGGAGGGCGAGCUCGCACGGUUAGAGGGGCUGAAGCGGGACAUGGAGUUCAAGCUGAGCUGCCUGCACUCUGCACUCCGCCGCACACUGGGAAUCAGCCGAACCGGGCGGACACAGAGUCCCGUAAUCCGUGGACAAAGUGCCUCACCCCACAGACGACAGUCUCCGACUAAAGGUCUUGACAACACCUUCGCCACCACAACAGAUGGUCAGGGCAGCCCAAUCCCUCGGACCGGAACCCCGGAGCACAGCACCACGUCCCACCCUACGUCACCCGAGCGCUCGCACUCCCCCACCCGCAGUGAGCAGUUUGGGGCAGACAUCGACCCUGAAGUGGUUCGAGCAGCACUGCGAGCCUUCCUUCAGGAACUGAGAGAUGCGCAGCGGGACCGGGAUGAAGCCCGUAUUCAAGGCUCUAACCUGAGCAGACAGCUGAAAGAGCUGGAGUCCGAUCGGGACAAUGUCAGCAGCUGCUUGCAACAGCUGCAGAAGUCGUUGGCUGAGUGCGAGGAAGGUAAGAAGGGCAUUGAUGGGAGGCUGACCAGUGCUCAGACUGCACUAAUGCUGCAGGAAGAGACAAUCCGUCGCAAUGAACGAGAGCGCAAAGUACUGCUUGAUAAGAUUGCCACACUGGAGAGGACUAUCCAGUCAGCCGACACCGAGAGGAGGACCACACAGGACAAGAUGAGCAAAAUAAAAGCUAAUGAGGCCAAGCUGGAGAACGACAAGCGUAAGCUGAAGGAGAUCCUUGACGCCUCCGAGAGCCGCAUCACGAAGCUGGAGCUGGCUCGCCGCUCACUGGAGGGGGAGCUGCAGAGAACAAGGCUGGUGACGAGCGACCGCGAGGCUGAGAUCCAGGUGCUGCAGGAGCGCAUCGAAACCCUGCAGAGGCAGGUGGCCGAUAGCCACUCCAAGGCCAACAGCCUGCAGCUGACGGUGGACCGGCUGAACUCCUCGCUGGCCAAGUCCGAGGAGGGUGAGAGCCAGCUGAAGGACAAGGUGCAGAGCCUGUCCCUAUCGCUGUCCGACAAGGUAGCCAGUGCCUCGGCCCUCCAGGAGAAGGCCCAGCAGCUGCAGAAGGCCUUGAGCAGCAGCGAGCAUGACCGUCGCAUUCUCCAGGAACGUCUAGAGGCAGCACGUCAGGCUGUUAUCGAGACAAAGAAGCAGAACUCCUCACUGGCUGACAGAGUGCAAGCCCUGCAGAACGAGCAGCAGGACGUAGAGCUGCAGCGGGCGGAGCUUGAAAGUCAGCUGCGCAAACACCAGGAGGUAUUGCACCAGCGGCAGGAAAGUGAUGAGAUUGCACUGCGGAGUGUGCAGAAACUUCAGGAGGAAAAGCAUAUUCUCCAGGAGCGCCUGAGCGUCCUGCAGCGGGCUAUUGCCCAGCUAGAGAACGAGAAGCGGGAGCUGGAGCGGUCAUCAGUCCGGCUGGAGAAGGAUAAAGCUGCCCUGAAAAAGACAUUGGACAAGGUGGAGCGCGAGAGACUGCGGUCAGAGGAAGAUACCUUGCGUGUGUCUGCAGAGAAAGGUCGCCUGGAUCGUUCACUCACAACAGUGGAACAGGAGCUCGUGGAAGCCCAGAGACAAACCCAGCAGCUUCAGGCCCAGCUUUCAGAAGUAGAACAGACUCACUCCCAAAGCCUGAUCGAGGCUACUGCACGCCAUCGGCAGGAACUCCUGAAGGAGACAGAACGAUUGCGUGCUGCUCAGCUGCAGACAGAGAGGACCCUGGAAGCACGGGAACGAGCUCAUCGGCAGCGCGUGAAAGGACUCGAGGAACAGGUAUCAACACUGAAGGACCAGCUGCAGCAGGAGCUCCGAAGACGCCAACCUCAGUAUUCCCACUCAAUCAUCUCCGGAAAUUGACUCCAUUCUGGGCACCUUACAACAGCAAUACAGCGGGCUGUCAGCCUGCAUCCUCUUGUACUCCUGUGAACUGUCACGGGACACACCAAACCCCCUUUGAUAGCAGAGUCAGGACAACCUCCCCACCUACCUAAUUUCUGGAUCAGAUCACCACCCGCAGGCUCCAGGUCAACUACUUGUACUGUUGGCCCUGACACUGUUACGGGUCCGGCUUGUAUUUGUGUUCCCUAUGCAUUUAUCUUACAAAGACCACUCAGAGACGAUUUGCCAAAGCUUCAGGGAAACCUGUUAGUGCAGGCUCAGGGGCUCUCAAAGCCACUACAAAUAACAAUACAAGAUAUUUUAGGUGUGGAGUGCUGGUCUGGUUUUUUUUCAGAAUCCCUUUUUAUCCAUUUUAGCAGCUGGAAUGACAGUUCAGAUUUUGAAAGGAUUUCCACGCCUGGGAAGAUUAGACUUGGUGAUCUGUGAUGGUUAGACUCCUGCACUGUGGUCUGUUGAUUAAAUCCCUCUGCCUCUUGAGCACAUAUCCAAAUGGAGUAGAUCUCUGAGCUACUCUGAACAUUUGUUUAACAGAUCUAGAUGCACUCCUGAGGCUACAGCUCACCUCUUAAUUUAACGCUCAUGAAUGCCAUUGCAAAUGUGUCAGCUGGAAAUGGCUGGCUGACUGUGGGUUUUAGCACAUUUGCUCUUCCAUUUGACUUGUGGCUGUGCUCCAUCAACAGACACGUUAAACCCAUUCAGCUCAGCCAACAUUCUGGUCCAGCUGGUCAUUGUUUCCCCACUGUCUGCCUGUUGAAGAGGCCUUGAGCAAUAACAGCCAGUUGGACUGGUUUUGAAGUCAAUUUGUUUGCAUUUAAAAUAGAAUAUUCCGAUUAAAUGUGUGGUUUAUGUAAAAAAAUGAUAUCUGAUUAACGAUGCGGGUCACCUCAUUCUGAAAUUAAAAUCUGCAUGCCCAACAAACCCAUAGGGACCAGUAAUUGAGAUCAUUUGUGGGAGGUGAUGAACACUGUGGUUAUUACUUGAUAGGGAUCUGUGCAGUGUAUGAGAGGUGGGGUGAAGUCUUUAGUGGCAUGGACUAUCUAAUAAUUACAAGGCACAUUAAGCACGCACACAUAUGUCUGCAUGUACAUCAUAUGUGUUCAAUGUUCCCUCUAAAAUCAGCUCUGUUAGGGAAUAAAGCCCCAAUACAAUUUACAAGAUGGACAUGGAAAAUUCAGGUAACUAAACUUGUCUUUUUAGCACAGGGCUCCUGUUUCUGUGCUCUGGUCUCACAUCCUGGAGUUGUUAUUAAUUAUCAACGUUUUCGAUUACUUUUCGUUAGCUGCACGAACAGUGUAGCUGGAACCAAGCCCUACCCUCUGCCAUCGAUUGAACCAGAUUGGCAGGAAAUGGAGUUCCAUGGUGCAAGUGCUGGUUUCCUUUUAGUUGAGCUUCUACAGUGGAGGAAAAGUCAGUAACACCCAGAAACGACAUCAAACAGAGGAAUUAACAACUUGCUUAAGGUUGUUCCAAAGUGCGUUGCAGCCGUUCUUUCUUUGAAACAUCGUCACUAUUGGGAUCCAGGAAGGAUGGCAGCCAGUUGGCACACAAGGUUCCCACAAACAGCCCUGUGAUAGUGACUGCAUAAUCUGUUUUCUGUGGGGUGAGGGAUAACUGUUGGCCUAGAAACUGGGGAGACCUUUCCCCUUCUUCAAAAUCACAUCUUGAGAUCAGUGUGGAGGAGGGUGGCAAUGAUUAAAAUGUUAACUCUAACCCUGUCAUGUAUGGGACACAUUAUAUGAUGCUGAAUAAGGAGAAAACGCUUUCAGUCUUGUGUGUUUUCUCCGAUUCUAGUUUCCACUUUUUAAUCCAAUAGUGUCCGUAGAACAUAAGCUGUUAGCUUCUUGAUCAGCCUCAACCAUUCUGAGUAGACUUGUGAAUCAUGGUUGUGCUUCAUCUGGUUAUAGAUUACUGUAGUGCUACACCAGCUGGGAACACUUGCUUCCAGAUUAACAGGAAAGAUUAGGCCCAUGCGGCAGAUUUUAAUGAUGGAACUGAAAGGCUUUAACCUAAAAUGGCUACAAAGAACAAACUGCUUUAAAGCAUAUGGUGUUUUUAUUAUUGUGAUAAAAGAGCUUCUCUAAUCUCUCUGAGGAUGUGGGACUGAGCCUUCCAAAAUGGGAAAGUCCCAAUUUCGAUCCUGAUCUGCAGUGAGUAGCCUGAGAAAAUAAGGGUAGUAAUUGAAGCCUCAGCACCCUUGACUUGGGAGAAGCCUGCUCAUCUCAUUAGUUCUCUCCCAAAUGGCCCUGUGAUCAUCAGAGGAGGGGAAAGUGCUUCACACUUGAACUCAAGCUAGUAAAUAGUAAAGCUGGUAAAUAGUAGACGGCACCAGGAACCCAGGUGGAUUUUUCUUUUGCCACUGCCCUAACUACAGACACCCAAUCCAGCUGAAUUUGAUCUGGUACCAUUGGUGAGCUAGCAUUGUAUUUCAUCGAAAGGUGUAUUAUUCUUGACUGCACAGGGAAGCCUCUGUACAAUUAGAGACUGAUGAUUGAGAACAAGGUGCUAGUUUGCAUAUCAUUAAAUAUGCAUUCCUUGUAAUUUAAUAAGAAUUAUGUAUUAAAGUGGGGCUGAAGAUAGGCUUAAUUUAAUAAAUUCAUCAUCCAGAAUACAUUUAUUUCUACAAUUAUCAAGGAUAUAUCCUUUCAGUGUGACAUAAGAAAUUUGUUCUAAAGUACUGUAAUAACUGGCAAUUGACAGAACCAAACUCUAAUUGUUUGAGGAAGCUAAUAUAUGAAAUUCUGUUCAUUGAGACUACUGUGAUUGUGAACUUAGUUCUGUGCUUCAUACCUGAAGUCCAUCGUAUGACGGUAUCUUUGUGCUGUGAACAUUGGAAAGUAAACACUGUAUCAAAGCAUACUCAGUCCAGAACCAAUAGGGAUGAAUAGGUCUAUCAAAGAGCUGGACCAGUACAAUUUUGUUAAGUAUCAUUUUUUCAAAAAAUAGAUUUAUGCUUAUAAAUUGUCUUUUACUCAUGAUCUAAAGAAAUCAAUGCAACUAGCGUUCAAAAUCUCUUUUUUUGUGUGUGUGUUUUUAGAAGUGUUUCCAUUUUCUAGUCAUUUUUGAUCUUUUCCAGUGACUUAGUCCUGAUGAUAUUGGCAGCAUCUUUAAACAAAGGUGAGAACUACAUUGUUUCUAGUUUCUCGUCCUUUGACCCAGAGAAGUACAGAAGGUGUUUUGCAUUUGCCAUUUUAUAAACUGGUGGUUUUUCUAAAAGAUUGCAAUAGAUGCAGAAUGAUGUUUUACAGCUUCUCAAAAUCGAGUCUUCCCGAAGGCCUGACAAGCUUUGUUAUUUUGGUACCUCAGAAGGGAUUCUUGCUUGUCAUACUCUCUAACCUCCUGCCCCCUUGCAGAGCUGCAUUGGAACAUCAGUGAAUUUUGGAAUUGAUGACCAAAAUGUAUUUGAUGUGUUUGUCACUGGAAUAACCUGCAUCAAAAUUGGCAGGAUGAGCCCUGAGGAACAGAAACAUCAGAUGAAAUUGACCUAGUGAUAUUGGAAUGGGUUGGGCACCAAGAAAAACCCCACAAGGUGUCUCCUGCAGCAGUCCCAGACACUGCCUCACGUUGAAUUUCAAACCACUUAGCAUCUUUUGCCAAGCACCAGAUUACUGAAGUGAGCAUUCUGUUCUGACCCUGCUUUUCCUAAGUGUUUGCUACACCUGAGCCCUGUGAUGUGUUUGUGCUGAUUUCAAGUGUGUUGGGUGGCUGUUUUUUGUAGGUGUGUUAUUGCAUUACCGGCUGUCCUGUCCCUUGCAUCCACUAACUGUAUUUCACCUCUUCAGUGUUACUCAGUGUUAUUUUUCUACUCAGAUGUUUUAUAUCACACUGAGAAGUGGAUUGGAGAGAUGACGGGUGUCACUCAUUAUGACAGGCAUUUUGCUGUGACUUACAACAUUAGAUGGUACAAAAAAUAAACAAUGAACAAAAUUAA